CGCCUACAGAAAGACUGGGGAGCAGCAGGCAGGAUCAGUUAGUGAGGAGACGGCGGCCGAAACGCAGCACACUUGAAUAUUGCUUUGCCUCUUUUAAAACAAAUAGACGUUACAAUGAGAAACAUGGACGAAGUCGCGAUCAACGAAGAAGGAAACGUUUUAAGAGCGAAAAUAAUAACCAUGGUUACUCUCUUUAGUGUUUCUAUGAUUGUUGGGUGUUUGCCGAUUUUAAUUUCGAUGAAGUACAAAUGGUUCAUGCCGAAAGAUGGUUCAAAUAUGAGAACCUCUAAUUCACUUGUGAUUGGAUUACUGUCUUUCGGCGGUGGUGUUUUGUUUGCAACGACGUUCAUGCAUUUGUUGCCAGAAGUUGACGAAAACAUAAAAUUAUUACAGGAGGAAGGCCGAUUACCAGAAAUGCCUAUAUACCUUGCACCUCUGAUUAUGUGCAGUGGGUUCUUCAUGAUGUACCUCGUAGAAGAGCUGGUCCAUGUGUAUAUAAACAGUCGAGAAAAUAAAAGCGCCAACACAAGUUUCACACGAGUUCUAAGUAUACGAAGAAGUAAAUCAGAAGAGGAUGGCAAUACAGACAUACAGACUAUAAAAGAAGUUGAGGCCGCCCGGCAUCAUGGUCAUAGUCAUCUACCAGUGAAAUCAGACGAUACUAUUGUAUCUGCUUUAAGAGGUCUACUGAUAGUGCUGGCGCUUUCCAUUCAUGAAUUGUUCGAGGGUCUUGCAGUAGGUUUGGAAUCUUCUACAAGAAGCGUAUGGUACAUGUUCGGAGCAGUAUCAGCACACAAGUACAUAAUAGCGUUCUGUAUUGGCGUGGAACUGCUGGCAGCAGGCACGAGGCGCUGGCUCUCAAUAUUAUAUAUCUUCACAUUCUCUUUCGUGUCUGCACUUGGUAUAGGUGUUGGGAUCUUACUGGUGGGUGGAGCCGGCGCGGCGGCCGCUGGAAUAUAUUCCGUUGUAUUACAGGGUCUUGCAUGUGGUACUCUAGUCUAUGUGGUCUUCUUCGAGGUGUGGAGGCAAGACCGCACUGGAAUUAUGCAGUUCUUCUGCGCGAUAUUUGGGUUCGCUAUUAUGGUUGCUCUUGAAGCCGUGGUCGAAUCUUUUGCUUGACAAUGAAAAGAAAAAAUUAGGAAGCGAUGUAUGGCUGUUGUAUAGUUAAAGUUACCAUAAGUUUUGUUACUGCUAUAAUUUAAGGAAUGUCAAUAAAUAUUUAUACAU